UCUUCUUCUUCAUAUGAACAGAGGGAGCCGAGAGGUUGAGCGGAGGAUUCUCCGGCUGCUCCACGGCCAAAAAACUCGAACCCAACUCACUCAAAUCCAUGCGCACAUCCUUCGCCACCACCUUCACCACUCUAACCAGCUCAUCUCCCACUUCAUUUCCAUCUGCGGUUCCCUUAACAGAAUGCUUUAUGCAUCCCUCAUAUUUCAACACUUCCAGAAUCCCAACAUCUUUCUCUUCAAUUCCAUGAUCAAAGGUUACUCCUUACGUGGCCCUUAUCAAAAUUCUGGUCUUUUUUCCACUAUGAAACGACGUGGCAUUUGGCCUGAUGAGUUCACUUUCGCCCCUUUACUCAAGGCUUGUGCUAAUCUUGAGGACUUGGAAAUGGGACAAGGAGUACAUAAGCAUGUUCUUGCACUUGGGUUUGGCAGAUUUGGGUCGAUAAGGAUUGGGAUUGUUGAGCUGUACUCUGGAUGUGGGAGGAUGAUAGAUGCGAAGAAGGUGUUUGAUGAAAUGCUUCACAGAGAUGUGAUUAUUUGGAAUUUGAUGGUUAAGGGUUAUUCUCACAUUGGAAAUGUGGAUAUGGGACUUGGGCUGUUUAGGCAAAUGGGUGAGAGGACUGUUGUUUCUUGGAAUUUGAUGAUUUCGUUGUUAGCGCAAAAUGGGAGGGAGAAGGAGGCUCUGGCACUUUUCCAUGAGAUGAGGAAUGGUGGGUUUGAGCCUGAUGAAGCUACUGUUGUUACUGUGUUACCUGUUUGUGCUCAAUUAGGAGACCUUGAUUUGGGAAGGUGGAUUCAUUCUUAUGCUAAGUCUAAAGGCCUCUAUCCCAAUCUCGUAUCCGUUGGCAAUGCAUUGGUUGAUUUCUUUGGAAAAUCUGGUGAUUUGGAGACUGCGUUUAUUAUAUUCAAUGACAUGCCUAGAAAAAAUGUAGUUUCUUGGAAUGCUGCUAUAUCAAACUGUGCUUUUAACGGGAAGGGUGACUUGGGAGUACAAUUGUUUGAUGAGAUGUUAGAUGAAGGUGUGAGACCUAACGAUUCGACUUAUGUGGGUGCUUUAGCAUGUUGUGCACAUGCAGGUUUGGUCCAAAGAGGGGGAGAUUUGUUUGAUUCUAUGAUUGCUAAUCAUGGUAUAGAACCAACAAUUGAGCAUUAUGGAUGCAUGGUUGAUCUUCUAGGUCGUGGUGGCUGUCUAAAGGAGGCUCAUAAACUAGUGGAAACCAUGACAAUGGAACCAAAUGCUGCUAUAUGGGGUGCAUUGGUUAGUGCUUGUCGCACUCACGGUGAAAUGGAGUUGGCUGAAUACGCACUUAAGGAACUUAUUAAACUUGAACCUUGGAACUCCGGUAACUAUGUAUUGUUAUCCAAUAUUUAUGCUGAUAGAGGAAAAUGGGAAGACGUUGAAAAGGUGAGAGUAUUGAUGAGCGGAAAUAGCAUUAAAAAAGCGCCAGGACAGAGCACAAUUGUUUGAUCAUUUUUCGACUUCAUUAUGUGGCUAAUCCCUUAGCUGCAUCUUAAACUAUGGGUGUUUGCUCCUUGCUGACAGAUAGAUAGGGUCCCUUCAAUGAAGGGCUCUUCCU